CGGCUGUCCAUUUGACUUUGUUGAUCAAACAAGAAUCAAGAGUCGACUCUAAAUUUUUAAUGACGUUGCCGCGGGUUGAUUGAGUGUUCGUGCUGUGUUAGUUUUUGUUUUUAAAAAAAAAAAUUAUAAUCAACAGCAGAAACCGAAGAUAACACAUAAAUUUUGAAAUUACCUAGGUUUUUAUUGUUUGUUGAACUAAAAGAAUUUGUGAUGUUUUUUGUGUCAACAAGUUAGCAUCCUGAAUUGAAAGUUUGAAUGAAACAAGGCCGCUACCCGAUCUUUCUACGCGUUGCGUCGUGUGAAACGUCGGAACGAAGGAAAAAUUGAUGGCAAGCGAACUAUUAAACAAUGGAAUGGAUCUCGGAGACAAUCCCACAAGUUCAAUAGCUAGAAAAUAAGCACGAGAAAAGAAAAAAAAAACGACUUGUAAAGUUGAGAAUAUGUGACACAACGCCAUCUAGCGAACGUAUCAGUAACUGUUUGGUGAAAAGUGUAUCGAUUUAAAAAAAAAAUGAAGCUCAAUCUAUUCAAGAGGUCCAUGAUAUUCGCUACGUUUUUCGGUUCGUGUCUGUGUAUAGCUUUGAUCGUGGGAUCGUUGGGCACGACUCAUUGGGUCGAUGCGAGAGCGAGAAAGACUUCUUUCCCCCUAAAGACUGACGGCAGAAUCAACUUUGGCCUCUUCGAGGGCCACAGGGAGUUGAACGUCACUUACGGCCGGAGGAAUUAUGAUAUAAGCGUGAAAGCCGGUAAUCAUCCAGCUCGUCGCUGGGCGUGGUGUGGCACAGCGGCCUUGUUGGGCGCAGCCUUGCUCUGUUCGGGCGGGUCGUGUGUAUUAGCGGCACUAGGGUCUGCGGCCCGCACGAGAUGUUCCCCCAAACCUCUCCUAGUUGGGAACACGUUGGCUGUGGUGUUCACCCUCGGAGCCAUAGCUGUGUGGCUGACGGAAUACUUCCUGAGGCUGCAGCACAACGUCAUGUCGGACGCUGACCUAGCCCAAACCUGGUCCUCGGAAGGCAUGGCGGACUUGGGUAUCUCUUUCUGGUUGGUCGUUGCGGCCGCCAUAGCCGCCUUCGUCAAUGACGUCUGCAUACUGAUAGCCACCGCCGACGGACGGGACGCCGACACGAUAGCACCAGCACUAGAGGAAAAAGUCAACGGAGCCAUCAUGCUUUAUUAAGAAGCCCUCAAUACACAAUUCAGUAGGCGGACAUACUUUUUGGCGGGAACGCGAGCAGUGAAGUUGUGUGAUUUGUUUUAUUUUGUCUAUUUGGUGUUUCUUCGGACUUAAAUAUGUAAUAACGGUGGUUUAUUAACUAUUUAGUGUCUGUGAAAGUGCACAAAUGUGGGAAAAUAAAACAAAGCCGCUGGACGUAACUUCUCGAGAUCCUCCAAAAAGUCCACUGAAAAAGUCUCAGUAAAUGACCAUCAUUUUACUAAGAUUAUAUUUCAUCCCAUCUCAUUUAAUUUCACUCCGUAAUAUCGUUUUACAUAACAAUAAGCAUAUAAAUUAAAAAAAAUAAGACUUGACUUAUAGGUCUAAUUUACCAGGUCAUAAAAUUCCUUUAAAAAAAGAUAGGCGAACAGAGACCUAUUGUAAUUUUUAUUGUGUCUACAGUUAAAUCUUUGGGAAUGCGAUAUUAAUUUCAUCAAAUCUCACGUAUCGAUACGUCGAAUAUUAUAAUAAGUAUAAAAACGAAUAUUAAAUUGGCAAACGUUUGGCUGCCAUCAAAAUUAGCCUCGCAAACGUUUACUUCAAACUGCACACUACCGCCAUCUCUUAUCCGAGUAUAUGAACUAAAAGUACAGUUUACAAGUAAAGUAAGAUAUUAAAAUAACGUAUUGCAAUUAGAAUUAUAUUUUUAUUUGCAUUUACGCACUAAUUUUGUAUAUGUUUACGAGUACUUAGGCGUACGUUCGUAUAAAAUACAAAUAUGAUUUGAUGAAUAGAAGUCUGAAUAUCGAUUUUAAGAUAUAAAAUUUAUUUUAGACUGGUAUCCUCAUUAUUGUAUAUUUUUUUAUUAGAUUUAACUCGUUUUUUAUACUAAUUUAAAAAUAAUCUGCGCUGCACAAUAAGAUUAAUAUGAUAGGUAAUAUAUUUUUGCAACACAAAAAUAUCAUCGGCCUAGUGUUGUCAGUAUUUAAUGAACUUAAUUGAUAACUUAAGAAUUCUUAUAUUGUGAAAUCACCUCAAUUACUAUUGUGUUUAUUACGUGUGUUCGUAAAAAUCAUAAUUAAAUAAGACAAUGAUUUAAAAUUGUAAAAUUUCAAUCGUAUGUAAUGUUCAAUUUUAUAUUUUUUAAUAACAUUUUAAGAUUUCUUUGUAAUAAAUCCUACGUUAAAAAAAAUACUCUCGAAAUGACGAAUAAAGCUAAAUUACCAGUAAGAAAUUUCAACCUUAUGUUGUCGAGAAUUAAGUACAAAAUAAAUAAAUAAAACUUUUAAGUACUUAUGUCACUCAAUCGAUUGAAUGCAAUUUAUUUUACAUUAUUUAAUAGCAAGGUUAAAAAUAAUAAUUCUUAACGUAUUUUCGCCAAAUUGCCAACUUCAAACUUGUGUAUUUUGUGUUAGUUUUUUAAAAGUUUAACGAUGUAUUCAAUUUAAAGCUCUUCCCGUUUACACUAAGGCUUACUAUUGUAUGACAUCGAUGCGAAUGAUUCGUUAUCAAAUUUUCUCAUUGAUAUUUAAGAUAAAAAAAAAACCUAUACCUUCCAAUAUAGACAAUAAAAAUCUUUAAUAAUUUUAAACUACUAAUUAAGUUGGGUAAUAUAAUCCGUCCUCACGUCCGUCUUGUAUAGUUUUUAGGGAAGCUUUCAAUACGAUUCGAGCUUUCAAGUUUUUGUACGUGCACGCGGCAUUUUUUUCUCUCUUAACUAGAAGUGCCAUUAUCAAAAUCAAUGUUAAUUAUUGCAUUUUGACACGCUCGUUGCUCUGGGAAUCAGUGGCGUAGCGUGGGUGUCAGCCGCCCGGGGCGGAAGACAAUUUUGACGCCCUUUUAUUUAGGUAUUUCACUUUGAUACAUUAAUUCUAUAUUUUUUUUGGCAAGAGCAGUCAUCAUUAUUUUCCAUUAUAUCUACAGGUAAGAUUUUAAAUAAAAAAGUUUGCACACACACAGUCGGUGUUGCCAGUUCAAUCAGUCCAAAUUUGUAGUUGCGAUAAAAAUAUGAAAUGGUUCAAAUAUUUUUAUUAUUUAUUGUGAAAUUUUGCCGCCCCCUAAAAAGUGCCGCCCGGGGUGGGCUGCCCCCCGCCCCCACCACGCUACGCCACUGCUGGGAAUGUUCCGAGAACUUCUGAAUUAUGAAUCGCCACGUAGGGAAUUGGUGACCUGAAGUAAUUAUGUCAAUUUCUUUUACUGAGCGCUUGGAUUGCCUAACUUUGCCUUCUUUUGUUUUUAAUAUAUGUUUUAAGUAUCUUAGAAAUAGUCUGGUCUGGUUAGAAAUAGAGAAAUAGUCUCUUAGGUCUUAGUAUCCUAGAUGUUCCGGCGCCUUAGUAAGAAGAUCGGAGAGAGGAAUCGAUAUAAUUACUUUAGUGCUCCGCGUAGGGUACAGGUGACCUACAUGGCUGUUUAAGAGUUAAAUCGUUUGCCGAUUUGUCGUUGGAAUUUAAAAAAAAGCCUGCUCUACGGUCACGAGUGAAGGUCGUUUUCAUAAUAUACUCUGUGAAGAAUCUUAAUUUACAAAAUUACGCUAUUAUUAAGUGAUGUGAAUGUAUUGAAUGUUGUAUUUUUUUAUGAAUAUAUUUUGUAAUAAA